AUGGUUUCGACACGCAGCAAGUCGGCGCAAACCCAUCUCGAGGUCUUCGCCAGCGUCGCGCUGAAAGAGAAGAAGCCCGCAUCACCAGAAAAGGCAACACUCAAGGCCAACACCUCUCGAAAACGCAAAUCAGUCGAUUUUUCCACCACUUUAGGAAAUCCAAUACCAAAGCGGAUCAAACCCUCAGCCAAAGCAUCAACAAAACCAAAGAACGAACCUGCAGCGGACAAGGGCAGCAAACCCAUAAUCAUCAACCGCGCCCCCGUCCUCGCUGGGUCGGCGGUGAGUUCGAUAUGCGCUGUUGCUAAAGGCCGGCCCGUAGGCACUAUCCCGGAGAAAGACGAGGAAGCAAACCAGAAAGCAAACCAGGAAGGACGUGAGAGAGCGAAGAAGCAAGAGGAUCUUGAUGAGAUCGACGUCAUGCGAUUUAAGUUGAGGGUGAAGGAUGGAUUUGCGGUUGUCUAA